AUGGACAAGAAGCUGAAGGCCGCUCAGCUAAAGCGGCGAUGUGCGGUGGAAGGGCUGAAGACGCUGGAGCGUUUUCAGGAAACGUUCCGAGAGGAAGACGCGACACAGGUGCCCGACGCGAUGGCGGAUUUGGACCGCUACAAAGAGGAGUUCGUCGCUGCAAUGGCGAAGCUCGAGGAGCUGGAGGAUGGCGCGGAAGCGAUCGACGCCCUGAUUCUCGAAAGAGUUCACUUCGACGGUCGGGUUCGCGCACUGCGAGCAUUCCUCCGGGGCAAGAGGCCGAAGGACGCAGCCACAGACCACGACUCCUCAGGGUUAGCGAACUCGACGAGUUUCGCGUUUGGCCGGCCGAACGCACCGAACAUUCGGCUUCCCAAAAUCGAGCUGCUAUCCUUCGACGGUGACGCUACGAAAUGGCUGUCCUUCCGCGACAGAUUCGUAGCGAUGAUCGACGCAUCCAUGGAUCUGCCAGCGAUCGCCAAGCUGCAGUACUUACUAUCAUCGCUGAAGGGAGACGCGGCAGUACCGUUUGAGCAUGUUACGCUCACGGAGGAAAAUUACACGUCGACAUGGCAAGCGUUGCUCAAGAGGUACGACAACGCCCGGCUACUCAUCCGUGAGUACUAUCAUCAGUUGCACCAGCUCCCGGCUGUGCGUUCGGAAGGGCCCAACCAAUUGAUGCAGCUGAUCGACGAGUUCUCGCGGCACGUGAACGGAUUGGUGAAGUUGGGAGAGCCGGUAGCGCAGUGGGACACGCCUUUGACGAGCCUCCUUCUCAUGAAAUUGGACGAUGCCACUGUCUUAGCUUAUGAGAAGCAUUCGGUUCACUUCGCCAAGGAUCGCUACGAGGUGCUUAAGCAGUUUGUGGAAGAUCGGAUACAGAUCCUAACGGCCUCGUCUAGAUUCAGUGAAGAUCGCGACAGGAGAGGAGCACCGAAGACGAGUCAGGUUAAGGUGGCCGGCACACACCGGCAAGGUUCAUCACGCCACACGGUGUCCAAUGCUGCCACGGCCUCAUCAUCGGGACGGAACCAGUCAACGGUCCAGCAGUCAAGGUGUCCGGUAGGCUGUGCGACGCCUCAUUCUCUGCGAGACUGCCCGGAAUUCAUUGGCAAGGACCCGCAGCAGCGUCGGGAGCUCGUGCAGGCGAAAGGGGUCUGUUGGAACUGCCUAAGCCAGGGCCAUCAGGUAAGAGCGUGUCAGUCGACGUAUACAUGCCGGAUCUGUCGUGAGCGGCAUCACACGCUGCUGCAUGUGGCUGCAGAUACGUCACGAGUCUCGUUGUCGGUCCUAUCUGGCGACGAACGAGUCUUAUUGGAAACGGUCAUCGUUGACAUCGUCGAUGACUACGGCGGUAUUCAUGAAGCACGAGCGCUACUCGACUCUGGUUCGAUGGUCAAUUUCAUUUCAUCAUCGCUGGCUCGUCGCCUGACCACGCAGCGGUACAAGGUGGACAUCGCAAUCUCAGGCAUUGGGCAGGCCGCUCAGCGGGUGAAAGGUGCCAUCGUAGCAACGAUUCAGUCGAAAAUCAAGCCGCAUGCAUCGGAGUUGGAAUUCCUCGUGUUGGAUGCGCCUGCUGCGGACGUUCCCACAUUGCCGAUCGACGUAUCGAGAUGGCAUCUACCGGAUGUGCCCCUGGCCGACCCGGCUUUCAAUCUUCCCGGCAGGAUCGACCUAGUUAUCGGUGGCGAUGCGUAUUGGGAGCUUCAUUCCGGUCGCAAGCGGUCCUUAGGCAAGGACAGACCAUGGUUGAUUGAGACUCCAUUCGGUUGGGUGAAAGUUCGGUAUGCGGAGCGCACUUCAUCAGCUGUGUGUCAGCUAUCGGCGACCAGUUCGGCGCUGGAGGCAGCUAUGGAACGGUUCUGGUCCAGCGAAACGGUCACGGAGGAUACGGGGCUCUCAGUGGAGGAGGAGCUAUGCGAGAGCAUCUAUGCUGCCACUACAACGCGCAACUCUGAUGGACGGUACGUAGUCAAGUUUCCUCAGACCACAGACUCGAGCAUCGUGUUGGGAACAUCCAAGCAGAUCGCGGAUCGGCGGCUUCUAGCACUGGAACGUCGUCUGAAAUGUAAUCCUGUAAUGACAGAGGCGUACAGUCAGUUCAUGGAUGAAUACGAGCAGUUAGGGCACAUGAAGAGGUUAACGGAACCGAUUGAUGAUUCUGCGCCUCACUACUACUUGCCCCACCAUGCGGUGGUAAAGGAAACCAGCACGACUACGAAGGUGAGAGUCGUCUUCGACGCGUCGUGCAAGACUACGUCCGGGUUUUCGUUGAACGAUGUGCUGCUGGUGGGACCGGUUAUCCAACAGGACCUCUAUGCUAACAUGCUUCGGUUUCGUUCACGACCUAUCGCUCUCGUCGCGGAUGUGGAAAAAAUGUAUCGGCAAGUUCUGCAUGAAGCUAGUGAUAGACGAUUUCUGCGAAUUCGGUACAGGAGAGAUCAAUCGGAUCCGAUCCGCACGUACGAAUUACUGACGGUAACUUACGGCACCGCUUCAGCCCCAUUCUUGGCUACCAGGACUCUGAAACAGGUGGCAAUAGACCACAAGGAACAAUACCCUCGUGCGACCGGGCCAGUGAUGCACGAUUUUUACGUCGACGAUCUGUUGACGGGAACGGAGAGUGUGGCAGACGCUGUAGCUGUGCGGAACGACAUUUCUUUGAUGUUGCAGGCAGGCGGCUUCACAUUGAUGAAAUGGGCGUCUAACGUGCCCGAGGUGUUGGCUGGAGUGCCUAAGGAGGAUUUGGCGAUUCAGUCGGCGGUUGAAUGGAGGGACACUGACACGGUGUCCACGCUAGGGCUCAUUUGGGAACCUGCCGGCGACCACUUGAGAUUCAGGAUAGAGGUUCCAACCGUCGCGCCGGUUCUCACCAAACGGCUGGUCCUAUCAUACAUUGCGCGGGUCUUCGACAUUCUUGGGCUGUUGGGGCCAACUAUCUUGGUCGCUAAGCUGUUUAUGCAGAAGUUGUGGACAUCUAAGAUCGACGGAAGGGAGUUGGAUUGGGACACCGCGUUGCCAUCUCCGCUUGACGCGGAAUGGAGGAGACUCCAUUUGGCGUUGCCUACGCUUCAGCAGCUUAAGGUGCCACGGUUUGCGUCGCUUCCGCGGGCAUCGAACGUCCAACUGCAUGCGUUCGCGGAUGCGUCGCACAACGCAUAUGGUGCCUGCAUCUUCAUUCGGGCAGAGGUGGACCACGUCGUGUCAGUACAGUUGCUUACGGCAAAAUCCAAGGUGGUGUCACUCUCCAACUCACACUCGAUUGCCAGGCUAGAGCUUUGCGGCGCACGAUUGGCGACACAACUCGUGCAGAAGGUGCAACGUUCAUUUGCGGAGUCAUGGCGUGUACAGUAUUGGACGGACUCAAUGACGGUACUACAUUGGCUGAAUUCACCGCCACGACGCUGGAAGCCGUUCGUCUGCAAUCGAGUAGCUCAGAUACAGAAGGGUACAAAGGCUUCCAGUUGGAAUCACGUUCUGGGGGUGGACAAUCCCGCAGAUGACAUCUCACGGGGGCUACUUCCCGACAAGCUGCUAGAAUGUCGUCGUUGGUGGCAUGGGCCAGAGUGGUUGGCGCACCCAGAGGCUUGUUGGCCUGCAAAGGCGAUUGCUACGGAUGAAGACGUCGGCCAGGGCGAAGAACGAGCUGAUCCGGAGCUGGUUGCGGCGACGUCCACGGUCGUGGGCUUCACUACGCAGCUGUUUUCGAGGUUUUCAACGUACUCCAAGCUUCAGCGGGCCACGGCAUAUUGGCAGCGGUACAUUCGGAGACGGCAGGAGGCGACAACUGGCAACAACAAACCAUCGAACGGCUUGUGGACACCGCUAACAAGGGAUGAGCUUCUCCAGGCAGACCUCAAACUAUGCCAGUUGGCACAGUCCUUUCUUGAGGAAAUUCAGGCGGCUAAAGGUGGUCGAGAGAUGCCACGCAGCUCCCGGCUGAAGUGGUUGGCGCCGUUUUUGGACGAAGCAGACGAGGAGUGCGAUAUCACGGUACUGUUGGAACCACAUCAGCAAAACGGAGGCGAGUCGGUGAUCGAUGUCACCUUUUGUAGUGCGGACCUGGCUUCUGAGGCGCAGUGGCGUGUUAGCGACCAGUGCACGUUUAGUGAACACUUUGCCCUGCUGUAUUCACUACAUCGAGCAUCACCUGCCGUGGUCCUCAUUCUCCCGACACCAAAGCCCGUCGAAGUGAUCAAGUCCACGGGCUGGAAAACCGGACUGUUCCAUCGAGAGCUGUUCGUGGACGCUUUCCGGCACAACGGUAGCGGCGAACGCCUCAGUGCUCUGGCCGAUGUGAUGGCCACGGCUUGUGACGUUGCGAUACCGAGAUUUUUUAAGUUGAAAAAGUGA